GCAACCACGAUCUUUUUGACUCGCCCAUUAACUUUUCUUGCGCUCCGGCUCACCGUGGCUGUGUGGCAGGUCAUGAGACCUUUUGUACUCAUCUUGGACGCCCUCUAAAAGUUUGCGGGCAUGGGGAGAAGUUCUCAGCCGUGAUCAUAUGCCCCCCCCCCCACCCCCGGUCGUGAUCUUUUGUCCUCAAGAGUGAUCGUACACUCCACCAAACGACAAGUGGAAAGUCGAUGUCUUGGGUCGCCAAUGCUCAACGAUCGCAGUGAUCAAACUUGCAUCAGCGGUCAUACGGGCCAAUGGCCUAACACUAAGCAAACCAGCAUCAUCGGGGUACAACUCAUAAAGUGGAUUUAAUUUAACCAAACGGGUCGUACCUCUAAUCUGGUAAAGUCGAUCAUCACCCUAUAGAGUACAAGUUACUCAAUUUUUCUAUGCAAAAAUUUCUAAAAUCAUAUAUAAAACGAAUGAGAUAUGAUCCGUUGAAUUUUUAGAAGAGAAUUGAAAAGUACACGGGCCAAAAAAUUCAAUCAGUCCUCUAUCCUAUUUUCCCUCUUUAUACCCUACAAAUAUGAUCCUUAGAUCCGUUCCCUUUCAAUCUCAACCAUCCAUCAAUGAGAUUUUGUAGGAUUACAAACUAAUAAGUUUAGUAUCCUAACCCAACUCCAAAACAAAACCUAAUAUGAUAAAGAGGAGGAAUUGAAGAAGCACAAGCGAACCAUUUGGGUUAGAACCCGAAGAAGGUCGAUGGAGGAAGACGGGAAGAAAGGGCCGGAAGGUCUUGCUCUUGAUAUGGCGAACCAGCACGGCAACUUGAAAAGGGUGUCAACCGAUGAAACCCACCUCAACAUUCUCCGCCACAUCACUUCUUCCCGGGCUCCAGCGGUGAUCAACUAUGGCGCGUCAUGGUGCAGCUCCUGUAGCCAGAUACUCCCUGCAUUUCUCCGGCUGAGCGACCACUUCCCCAAGCUUUCCUUCGUCUAUGCCGAUAUCGACGAGUGCCCCGAAACAACCAACAACAUUCGCUACGCACCAUCCUUCCAUUUCUAUCGCGACGGAGAAAAGGUCGACGAGAUGAUUGGUGCAGGAGAAGAGCGCCUCCACGAUCGUUUGUGGUUGCAUUCUUGAUGUGAAGAACAACAACAAAAACAAACCCAUUAUUGUAUUAGUUAUCAAUGUUUUCUUUCCAAUCGCCAAGACACGUGAUUUAUGUUUUACUUAAUUGGGGUUAGCAGUUCCUUCCUUGCCUUGUCUUCCCCUCUUUUCUUUUGCGUCGAGUAAUAAAGAAUCUGCAAUUCUCGUAAGAGUGCUACAAAUCUUUGCAAAUUUGUGAUAGAUAGAACAAGAUUUGCAGGGAGAGAAAGUUCGCAUUUUUCCCCCUUCUAAAAUUGAUUACAAAUUGAAAUGUAUGAAUCCUCAAUCAUUAUCAACCCACACUAACGUGGUAAAAGGCAGCAGCAGCAGAGCUGAACAACAACCAAUGAAAGUUUGCUUAAGACAGAAAAGAAGAACAACAGACUGUAACCAGACAAAAUGAAGAAUGACGACAGACAGACUACUAAACAAACUCCUAUAAA